UUAAAACACUGCAAGAUCUUAUUUCUACAAAAAUGCUGGUGGAUGUCAACAUGGCUUAGAUGAAGUGCUUCCCACUGAGAAAAAUAUAUUACUGGUGUUUGUGCUACUCUGAGACUCGCUAACUCCAUUUGUGGUAGUGGCAAAGUAGCACAACUGUAUCAAGAUGACCGACCCUAUGAGUUUUUUUGAUGAUGCCAAUCUUUUUAGCGAUACCUUGGAAGGAUUAUCGGAUGAUGCCUUUGUCCAAGCGGGGCCUGUUUCCCUGGUUGAUGAGUUGAACUUGGGCGCAGAGUUUGAGCCGUUGCAGAUUGAUUCUCUAAACCACGUGCAGGAGGCACCCACUCCGCAAAAGAUGAACGAUUACGAGCAUCUCAACCAGUACGACUCUCUGAAACUCCAAGUCAGUCAGUCCUUCAGCAGCCCGGUCGGAAGCGUUUUAUCCCCGCAUUCCGACUUCAGUUGCUCUCCUGUCCAUCCGCAAACUCAAACGAAUGGGUUGUUCCCUGACGAUGUAGCAGACGGGAGCCCGAUGUGGGGCCACCAGACCUCGAGCAGCGUUUCUAACCAGAACGGAUCUCCGUUCCAUCAAGGGCCCCCGCCGUCUAUGCAGCAGAACAAAAGCUUUGUAGCACACCACAGUUUUGCCUUAUUUCAGGCCAGCGAACAGCAUCAUCCGUGUGCCUCGUUGCAGUUGCCGCCAAGCGUGAACGCAGGAGAGAACACGCGGAAUCAGCCUGAUGGUUUCAUGGAGCAACCAGAUCUCUCCUUCCAGUCUUCUUCAAUCUUCCACAACUCUUUCUGUUGGCCAGCAAGCGCACCCUCUGCCUGACUUUUCGGGAAGCGAAGCUUUCGCAACUCGAAGAGGGACCAAACAAGAAGAUCCAGAGAGCCUCCUCAAUUCAAGUACAUCGCUGACUUCAAAUAAUUU